AUGGCCGCACAGACACUGGAGCACAGAGGCAGCAGGCAGCCCCAGCCGCUGCUCAGGACGGACGACCGCGGUCCCUCCCCCACGUCCACUCUGCUGCACGGCUGUAACGUCCGUGCACCCCGAGUGCUCCUGUCCUGGACGUCGCGGGCCAGCGCAGCCCCGGCCGGUGCUCAGGAUGAACGGUCGGCCACUGUUCCUCUCCCACUCCACUCUGCUGCACAGCUGCGACAUCCGGGCACCCCGUGUGCUUUCUUCGUAGACGCCCCGGGCCGGCGCAGCCGCGAUACCGAGCGCCUGUACUCGGAGGUUUUCCAGGACAUAUGUGGCCGCUACGGGAAGACGUACAGCUGGGAGGUCAAGUCCCUCGUCAUGGGCAAGAAGGCGCUGGAGGCGGCGCAGAUCAUCAUCGCCGUGCUGCAGCUCCCGGUGACCGAAGAGGAGCUGCUGGAGGACAGCCAGACGAAGCUGCAGGAGGUCUUCGGCUCGGCUGCGCUGAUGCCAGGGGUGGAGAGGCUGGUCCGCCACCUGCGCGCGCACGGCGUGCCCCUGGCCGUGGCCACCAGCUCCGGCCGCGCCUCCUUCGAGAUGAAGACCCGCAGACACCGGGACUUCUUCGGCUUGUUUGACCACAUCGUUUUGGGGGACGACCCCGAGGUGAAGACCGGGAAGCCGGAUCCCGACAUAUUUCUAGCCUGUGCCAAGAGGUUUUCCCCCGCUCCGCCCGUGGACAAGUGUUUGCUCAGAAUGAUCUUUGAAGAUGCUCCUUCNGGCGUGGAGGCGGCCCUGGCAGCCGGCAUGCAGGUGGUCAUGGUCCCAGACCGAAACCUGCAGCGCCACCUAACGUCCAAGGCCACGCUGGUGCUGGACUCGCUGCAGGACUUCCGGCCCGAGCUCUUCGGCUUGCCGCCCUACGAGUGAGCGCCCGCCACGCCCACCGCGCCCCGUCGGGGGACCCGCGGCCCCCGGGAAACCAGCACGUGGGGGCAGCGGUCGUCUACCCGUCAUUUGUAGCUUCCCCUCCUCCUCCAGACGGUCCUGGCAAGCCACGGUGUCACACGGGGGACACAGCACAGCGGAGACGGCCCGGCACAGAGAGCGAAUCGCGCAUGUGCGUGAUCGCUGCGUUGGCGAACAACCACCCGGUGUCCUCGUAUUUGAGGAAUCGUGCGAAGAAUCACACGCGGCAAAUAUACACACGUACACAGGCUUGUAUGUGAGUCCAGGGGAUGGACAUGCCUGUGCAUGUGCACCAGUACCUACGUGUCUACACCGAUGUGUACAAAGACAGAGGCACCUGUAUAUGCAGGUACUUCCUUUUCCGCCAUAAAUGAAGUUCCAUUUGUGUUCGUUUCUCUCUUC